AUGUUAUGCUUGCGCCUUUGCUUACAGCUUAGCGCUCUGGCCUUUGGUCUAUUUAUCAUAAAUUCAUUUAAGAGGGCUUGUAAGCUAAACAAACACGUCAUCUUUCAAUUGUAUAUAUACAACAAAAAAUUAUAACAUUCGAAAGAAAGCUACACCUUGUAUUGGGUUAAAACAUAAAUUUAUAAUUUUUUCGAUAGAAACAAAUACCAACCGUCUCUGAGAUUCACCAAUUCGUAUUUUUUUUCUAAUUACUCUUUUUACUAUUGGAAGAAUUGCUAAACAUGUGACUCAUUUUGUAGCCGAGGCUUUGCCCGUCGUCUGUCUCCUACUUAUCGCAUUAUUAGAGGCAUUGAUUUCGUCUCCUUUUCUCAUUUGUCGGGCAGACUUAAUAGCUAUACACUGUUGCCUCAGGUAGCCGUGGUAGGCGCUGGUAGUGAUGUGGGUCGGAUAGUGUCAUUGUUCUUGAAGCAGCAGCCCGUUGUGAAGAUACUCGCGCUGUGGGACGAGUUGCCGGACUGCGGCGUGCUCGGAAUGGCCAACGACUUGGCGCACAUAGACACCGGCACCGAAGUCGAGGCUUACCAGGGGCGCAUGUUUCUCAAGCCAGCUCUACACGAUUCAGAUGUAGUGGUAAUAUGCGGCGGGUGGUACAUCCUACCUCCAUGCUGCAACACGCAGGAUCGUGACCUGUUCUUCCAGAACAUGCGGUGGGUUCGUACCGCCACCAUCGCUUGCGCUGAGUUCUGUCCGCAGGCCAUUAUUGCUGUGCAGACGCCACCGGUCGACUGCAACUUCGCUCUUUGCAAAUACACCUUGAAGAAAGCCAAAGCUUACGACAAACGGCGUGUGAUUGGCGUAAACUCCAUCAAUGCGAUGCGCGCUAAUCAGCUGUUCUGUUCGAUCACCGGCUCUGAUCCUGCCACAACGAGUACACCUGUCGUCGGCGGCACCGGCCGGUGCACACGUGUGCCGGUUUUCUCUGCCGCAAAAGCCGGCAACUUUCCACAGACACAAGCAGAAUGUUUGACUCGGCUAGUUCGUGAAGCGGACGACAUAAUAUGUAAGGUGAAGAGCAACAACGAGCAGGGUCAUCUUUCCGUGGGUUUUGCUACUGCCAGAUGCGUUGUCAACAUUAUGAAGGGUUUGUUCGAAAAGCCGAUGUUUUUAGACAGCGCGUUAGUGGAACAAGCAGACCCUAAGAAAUGUUACGAUCUGAAAAUGUGUGCUACACCUCUGACUAUGGGGAAGGGAGGCAUAGCCGAAUACGCUGUGCCCACCCUCAACGAAUUUGAAAUGAAGACUUUAGAGGACAGCAAGUUUCAUAUUUCAGACCAAUAUUUAUUGUAAGAGUCGCUCAUUUCCAUGGCUUUGUUAUUUUUUAAUUAUUAAUAAUGCCAACUGUGUACGAUAUAGCACCCGUAUGUGAAAGAAUUAAAAAAUCGAACCAGUAGUUACGGAGCCUAUUCAAUGUAAAGAAACAAUCAACUCUUUCAUUUCUUUCUUUUCCAUUAAAACAUUAGUAUAGAUUUGUGUAUGUCUCGAAAACGUGUUAUUAUGUAAUUUGUUUUCAGAUGUGAUCUCGAGGAUAUGCUGAACCUCGGACGAGCGUACGCUCUCGGCGACGACUACACCUUGCACUCGUGUAGGUUCUACCCACCGUGUUACUACGAGCCAUGCAAGACCUGCACGCCAGUCACACAGGAGAAGUCAAAGAAGUAA